ACAACAACAGCAGCAGCAGCAGCUCCAAACGAAGAAGAGUUACACUGGGAACAGAAGGAGAUGGAGGGGAACGAGAAGCACCACGGAGGCACUAAUUACAUUUUUAAAAGACAGGGUUGAUAAGUAGAAUCUAAUAACACAAUAAAAUGAUGUUACACGCUCCAGUACAGUAGGUGGCGGCAUGCACCUAGAGUUGGUUGCAAUCCGCCAAUAACCAAGAGAAGAAGAAGAAGAAGAAGUUCCCGGAAGUGCAGCUGCUUCGUCUAGUUUCUUCAGCGCCGUGUGGAUUCGAACAUACAUGGACAGACGUCGGUGAUACAAUGGAGACCAGCAGUCAUGCCACAGCCCAGGAUGAUGCUGGUGGUGACGGGGGACGAUUUCGGCUACUGUCCCCGGAGGAACCAGGGACUCGUGGACUGUUUCCAGGCGGGAGGCAUCACCAAUGUGUCACUGCUGGUUAACGGCGCUUCUGCAAAGGAGGCAGCUGAGCUGGCUCAAAGACACAACAUCCCCAUUGGCCUCCAUGCCAACCUGUCCGAGGGGGUUCCAGUGAGCCAGCAGGCCUCCACCCUGAUCAACCAGCGCGGUUUCUUCCAUGGGAAGAUGGGCUUCCGUCAGGCCCUGAAGGGAGGGCAGCUCAGCAUGGGACAGGUGGAGCUGGAGUUGAGGGCCCAGGUCCGACUCUUCAUCGAUCUGACCGGUCACCUGCCCCAACACAUGGACGGACACCAGCACAUCCAUGUGCUGCCAGAGGUACGUGAGGUGUUUGCGCAGGUGCUGUCCGAUUUCAGGAUUCCAUACACUCGUGUGCCGGUGGAGUCCGGUCUGCACAGCUGCCCCUGGCUGCCGGGGCACCUCCACAGGUUCUACGCGCAGGUGGAGAAGGACGCGCUGGACUCCAUCCCCGUCUUCUCACGCUAUGGAAUCAGGUGGCCAGAUGUGUACCUGGGUCUGACCACCAUGGGCCAGAACUUGUCCGUCCCCAACCUGCAGCGGGCCCUCGGCCACGCUCUGGCCGCAGGGCCUUCAGGCGCAGCCCCCAGCGGGGCGUCGGCCUCCGAUCGCCCCGUGGUCACAGCAGAGUUCAUGGUUCACCCGGGUUACCCCAGCCGCCCCCAGGAGGGGGGCUGUGGGGAGGGUCCUGAUGACUUCUCCCAGUCGGCUGACAGGCAGCAUGAGCUGAGCCUGCUGACAGACCCGUCGCUGCAGUCGCUCUACAGCCAGCAGCGAGUGCAGCUCUGUGCCUUCAAAGACCUCUGAGCACCGCCGACCGAGGAGCGCGACAACGUCCAAAGCUCUGUUCCAGUGGUUAAAAAUUAUUAUUAUUAUUAUAGUCCUAUAAUUAUGAUGAGUUUAACAUGAUUUGGGGCACACUAAAAAGGGACUGGUGAAUGUCUGACUACAAUACAUCAUCCAGCUUUUAGGUGGAGAUAAGAACAGUUGGACAUGAGAAGACACAGAGAGAUGUUCACUGUCACUGCCACACGAGGAGCUUUCUGUCGAGUCUGACAGAUGCUAUCACGAAGAAGAUGUCACUAUUUAUUGUACAGUAUAUAAACACAAUACAUUGUACAGAAGAGAACAGCUGAGAUACUAAGAUACUGCACAGAACACACAAACUCAGUGUGUUUGUGCGUGCCUGCCAAGUGGCCACCCUUGAUUGGACAGACCAGGGGUGGAUUGGGAUUCGUCCUUCCUGUGUCUUGUCCUUGACCUCAGUGGAAAACGUCACAAGGUCAAGGAAAGGUGUCAAGGAGGGUUCAUAGGUCUUAAGAAAAGCCGACAGCGCUGCUCAGAGAAUCCAACUCCACUUUCACUAAACUAUGUCGUCAUGUGACGGUGGAUGUUCCACAUGACACCGUGUGACAUCAGAUGUUAUGAAUCAUAUGUAACAGUAACUUACAUGAUGACUUGUGUUCCUUCUCAGUCAUAUUAUAUGCUUAUCUACUACUUCGGAUUUAAUUAUCACCUGUACAUGGCACGUCAAGUUAAAUAUGAAUUGUGGGGCAUCUAUAUCUCCUUACUUUCACAAAGGAAGGUCCAGUGUACCCUAUGCUAAAGGAAAUUGGAAAGGAAGCAUUGAAGCCCCUUUCCUAUGCAUUUAGGGAAUCUGAACCGAUCUUAUCAUGGUGCUGAGGAAACACUUCCGGAACAUUCCGCCACACUGUAUCUGUGCUUUAUCGUCUAUUUGACCCUAAAUGAGGCGAUGAUUUACAGAAUGAACAUCGUGUAUGGAAGAAGACUUGAAUCUUGCGAUUGAAGCAUAAACUCCUCAGGAACCUUUUGACUGAUGUUAUAAAUCAAGAGAGUUUUCUCAGAGAUUUCUAUAGAAACUGACUUCUUCUUACAUCCACUGAGUCGCCCUCUGCUGGUGAUUUCAGACACUCGUGCGACUACGUCCAGUUCUAUUUACAUAGAUUUAUUUUCUGAGGUUUGUGUGCGAUGAUGAACUUGACUGAGGCGGCGUUCACAGCCUCUGAGUGUGGAUCACACAACACUACAAAGACCACCAACUUACAACCUGUCACGUGAUGUGAUGACGGUUUGUAUUUUAUGAAAGCCAGCCUGAGUCGCUGCACAGCGCUCAUUCCAUUCAUUGCUCUAUACUCACAUGCACAUAUUUAUAACAACUUGGGUUUUGUAGUGUAGUUGUGUGUGAAUGGCUCUGAUCUGGGAACACGAUUCAUACGAUCAACUGUCCAACUUGUCUGAUCGUGUGACUUCUCGUUAUUUCACUUUUGGUCUUGCAUGUUUGAUGUUCCAUCAUCUGGAUGUUUCAUCACAGGACCUCAGCAGUAUGACGUCAUAGUGACAGUCAGUGCUGGACCAGCAGGGUCCCAGUGUUUCUGCCUCAGGCGUCUCUCAGUUCAACCAGUCAACUUGUCUCUGAGGUUUUUGAAGUAACAUGGUGGAGCGGUGAUUUGUAAUGACCUCAGGUCUGUGUAGCACUGUACUUCUCAUGUGUGUCUCUGACUGAAUGUUGUCGGAAUAUUUUUAAAUCACCUGUAACAGUACGUCUGUAAUGUGUUCGGCCUUUGUCUGGGUAUUUACGGUAACAAUUCAUACUUUGAUUCAGUUUCUAUGAACUUGACAUGCUAAUGAAUGAAGUGAAUAAGAA